AUGAACGACGGCGUAAUCCUCGCCAUGCUCGCCAUGGCUCCCUGUUUCAACAGCGUCUCUGCUCGUUUCUCCUCUUCCCCAACCCUUGCAGUGCAUCCCAUCUUGGACGACCCUGGACUCGCACCCGCCAAGAGGCAAGGAUGGCACCAUCAUUCGCGGCGCAACUUUGAGCAAGGGCUGUCUCGCGAUCAUGGCCAAAUCGUUGCCGACCGAUAUGAGCGUUGGCUGCCGGCCUACCCAAAACGUAUAGAAAUCCGGCCCAGAUUCAUACAAGACCAACUAGCGCCCAACCUUGGCAACUGGAAGUGUGGCAGCCGCCGAUCUGUCCUUCUCACGGAGUAUUCAGCGUUCAGCCUUGCACCCUUGGCCGUUUCGAGCCCGCGUGAAAAAGUCCGCCGUCGGUUCUUGCUUCUCGAAACUUGUUCCAGAAUCCCAGCUCGUCCCCAUCCUGGUCAGGCAUUCAGUGCAUUUACGGCCGUCGUCAUCGAGCGCCUUGCCUGUGGCACUGCUGACACGAUGCACACGGCAUGA